GUACAAUAGACAAGCGCAGGGUAGUGCAAUCGGCCGCCGGGGUGAGUGAGUUAUGGUGCGGCUGACCGUCUGACCGUCUGAUUAUCCGACCUGCACCGAGAGACCUGCAAAGGCGGAUAAGAGAGACUCGCCGAAAUACCAUGAGAAUCGAUUCAGAUCCUUGCGAUCCGCUGUAUUUCUGUCUAGAAACAGGUGCCCUGGUGUUUUGGACGGAUUUCAUGUAAGGCCCAGUGGUUGUCAGCAGCCUGUUCCUAUGCAAGAUGAGCUCGUCUCCUGUUGUAUACCGUGUUUCCGUCGACAUCCUGGAGGAACUGCAGCACUUUGCAUCUCAAAACCUGGAGAAGAUUGAGAUUAAUAAGUACUAUGAGGUCAUACGGGAGCUGGGCAAAGGCACCUAUGGGAAGGUGGACCUUGUCGUCCAUAAGAUCAGAGGCACCAAGAUGGCUCUGAAGUUUCUAAAGAAGAAAACAACCAAGUUGAAGAGUUUCUUAAGAGAGUACAGCAUCUCUCUUUAUCUUUCGCCAUGUCCCUUUAUAAUCAACAUGUUCGGCAUUGCGUUUGAAACGGAGGAUUAUUACGUUUUUGCACAGGAGUAUGCCCCAUCUGGUGACCUGUUUGAUAUCAUUCCACCACAGGUGGGUCUUCCAGAACCAGUGGCUAAGCGUUGUGUCCAUCAAGUGGCCAUUGCUCUGGACUACCUCCAUUCAAAAAAGCUGGUGCACCGAGACAUCAAGCCCGAGAACAUCUUAAUCUUUGACAAAGAGUGCCGCAGGGUCAAGCUUUCAGACUUUGGCAUGACACGACGAGCUGGAUCACCAGUGAAGCGCGUGAGUGGAACCAUACCCUACACGGCCCCCGAGCUCUGUGACACGUCCAAACACGAGGGCUUCUGCGUGGACUACAGCACAGAUGUCUGGGCCUUCGGAGUGCUGCUCUUCUGCAUGCUCACCGGCAACUUCCCCUGGGAGAAGGCCAUGCUGUCCGACACCUUCUAUGAGGAGUUUGUGCGCUGGCAGAGGCGACGGACAGGUACGGUGCCGUCACAGUGGCGCCGCUUCACGGAUGAAGCACUGCGCAUGUUUCGAAAGCUUCUGUGCCUGGAGCAGGAACGUCGUUGCUCCGUCAAAGAAGUGUUUGUGCAUUUUGGCCACCGUUGGAUGCUGGAUGGUCAGGGUGGUGGAAGCCACCAUCAAGCUGUGCUGAACUCGUCAUCUGAGGAGGAAGAGUUGCUGGUGGACCGUAUGAAACAGCAAACCUUGUCGCCAGUGGCCUGCACGACCAAAAGUAACGCGAUAGAGCCCGGAACAGCUGCAGCGCACCACUUCACCUCCGUGUCCACAAACAGCUCUGUGUCUUCCACGAAUAGCUACGAACGCACAGCUAGAGACAGCUCCCCUAGCAGCCGCAUCCUGGUCACAACCCCUAUAGAGAUCUGUGUUUAGAGACCGGACAAUAUACGCAAGUUAAUUCACAGCAAAAUUAACUUCAGCACACAACCAGACGCAUUCUCAAGUUGCUUAAACUUCCAAUCAUUCGCACAGGUCCUAAAAGGAGUUUGCAGAAUAAAGUUGUGCUAUCAAAUAGAUGGAAAACGAGCAAAAAAUGAUGUAAAAAAUGAAUGUAACUUGUGAGCUGUGUCUUUAUGAUUCUACAGUGUUCAGAGUUGGCUCAUAAAAUGAGACUGUGCUUUUUUGCUAACAUUCCUUACAGAAAUGUGAAGAGGAGUUGUUGUGCUGAAACACUGAAAUACUGUGCAGGUCAUACUUUCCAGUUCAUGGAUUAGCAAUGAUCCAAUAAAUGUCUACUGAAAGUAAGAUUCAUAAGCUUAAAUCCAGUAUAAACUCUAAAUAGUUUGCGGGACGAAUUAUGAGGGCUUCCCCAAAACAUCUGUAAAGCAAUAUAUGAAGCAAAAAAAGAGAGGAGAGCAAAGGAGAAUAUCUGGGAUCUACAUGAUUAUUUUGGUGUAUAAUUUAAGCAAACAUUGAAAAAUUGGGCCUAAACACAAUGAUGAGAAAAUAGAACGGAUGAUAUUUGUAUCUGUGGUAUCGUGAGUUUGUUUAUGUGUGAGUAUUUAAGAUUUAGUGUGUACAAAUUAGAUAAGUUAUUUAAGGCCUGAUUUACUAAAACAUUUGUUACAUGUAACAAAAUGAACGAUUUUCAGAAGGUUUAUUACGACAUGCUUUAACUGAUCACGUCACUUAUUGCAUGUACUCAAAACGUUUAUAAAGACUCAGACUGUUGUUUUGAAUUUACUUCAUUUAUCAAGUCUCCUAGAUUAUAUAUUUUUUCAGUUGAUUUGUAGUAGUUUACAAACAUCAUAAAGUAGUUUAAAAUGUUUUCAAAUUAAUUUGUUUUGGUACUUUGUUGACACAGCUGUGCCAAACUCUGUUUAUAUUGUUCAACAGCGCAUCAGAGCUUGUUUUCUCUCCCUUCAAACAGAUGUCAAGUACAGUAGUUAUCUACUAUUCAUGACUCACAAGAAUUUCAAAAUAAAGAGAAAAGAUAAAAAGCUAAAUGUUUAAACAUUGUUAUAGAGAUUUUUUUAUUUAUUUAUUAGCUGUGAAAUUUGUUGCAAAAACAGUUUGUUUUUGAGUUGUACUUUAUGUACUAGCCGAAGUGGUAAACAUAUCCUUUUUGAAGAUUUACAAGUUCUUUGAUGUUUUCCCCUUUUAAUAAAGUCUUAGUUACCUGUAUUUUUUCUACAUUGGUUUGAACCAAAACACAAAACAAAGACAUUGCAGAUGUGUGCAGUCACAUUCUAAUAACUGCAUGUUCAUUAAAACAAACAUCUAUUGAAAAAAAAGAAAGAGUGAUUCAAAAUAUGUAAGAGUUGUUGUAAUGUGAUGUUUGCUGUAACAAUUUUUGCAUAAUGUUCAGAGUGCAGUUGUGCUAGAUGACCUAGGGCAAAACAUCAAGCUGAAUUACUGUUGGUUAGUUUUGUGUCGUGUUUGUGUGCUGUUGUUGUUAUUGUGUUAAUUUCCCACUGAGAUAAAGAACUACCUGAAAAAGCCUGAAUGUAUGCAACCCCAUUAGAAGCAGAAUUAAGUAAUGCCUGCACCACUGCUGUCAAAUUAUGAAAGUGAUUUUAUUUUAGGUAAAGUUGAAAGAAGUCUAAAGGGAAUACUCCGGGCUUGCUGAGAAAUUGAGUUUGCCGUUGCAGUUAUUAUUGUCUUGAACGAACAAAAUGGUAGUUGUAUUGGAAUUGGUAGAUUUUGUGUUUAAAUGUGUUUUAUUUUGUGUGUACAUGUCUGCAUGAACGUUCAACAUGUACUGGAAAAAAUUAUGAGAAAAAAAGGUUAGAUAUAAUAGUAUCACCUUUACAGUAAAAGUGGGCCAUUUGUCUGUAGCAGCAUAAAUAUACUGUUCUUACAUUUUGAAGACAUUUUGUGAAACUCUGUGCAACUAUACUUGCCAUGAGAUGUCAAAUAUGAGACUUAGGGCAUUAAAUGCGGAGUCAUGUCAAGAAAGUGGCAGUGAUUUUAUCUUAUUAGCAACAAAUGUGAAGUACACACCAUAGAGGAUUUUGUGAUUAUAAAGUAAUGCACUGCUCAAGCUUUUUGGUUUUGGUGAUUUUGAUCAGCUAUCAAUGGGCUUUUAGUCAUUUCAAAACAAACUCUGAAACUCAUUUCCAAAUUCUGUCUCUGCAAUACAAGUGUCUUCCUGUAAGUUCAGAUUUAUUUAAAAAUAAAUCUUGA